AUGCCCAACGAUCCACAAGCUCAAAUGGAUUUUGUUCUAAAUUACCUCAAUUCCACUACCAUUGGACUUCUUUCUCUAAUUCUCUUCUGUUUAUUUUUGUAUAAUCCCUUCAAAUUUUUUCAAAGAAAUGAGGCUCCCACAGUUGCAGGUGCCUGGCCAAUACUUGGUCACGUUCUAUUGCUGAGUGGAUCACAAACACCCCACAAAACCUUGGGUGCUUUGGCUGACAAAUAUGGACCCAUUUUCAGCAUCAAAUUUGGUUCCAAAAAGGCUUUGGUAAUCAACAAAUGGGAAAUAGCAAAGGAAUGUUUCACCACAAACGACACGGUCGUUUCCUCUCGCCCCAAGCUUGUUGCCGUUGAACACUUGACCUACAACCAAACCAUGUUUGGGUUUGCACCCUAUGGUCCAUAUUGGCGUGAAAUAAGAAAGAUUGCAACUUUAGAGAUCCUCUCUAGUCGCCGAGUGGAGAAGCUGCAGCAUGUUCGAGUCUCAGAAGUUCAGAACUCCAUCAAAGAGCUUUAUAAUCUUUGGUGUAGCCAAAAGAACGAGUCUGGCUAUGUGUUGGUGGAGCUGAAGCAAUGGUUUUCUCACUUGGCUUUCAACAUGGUUUUCCGAAUGGUCGUUGGGAAGCGAUAUUUCGGGGUUGACAACGUGGAUGAUGAGAAGGCACAGAGAUGUGUGAAGGCUGUGGAUGAACUCAUGCGUCUGUUGGGGGUGUUCACAGUGGGAGAUGCUAUUCCUUGGUUGAGAUGGUUUGAUUUUGGAGGCCAUGAGAAGACCAUGAAAGAAACUGCCAAGGAAUUGAAUUGUAUUUUAAGUGAGUGGUUAGAGGAACACAGACAACACAAGAGUUUGGGUGAAGAGGUUGAUGGAGAUCAAGAUUUCAUGGAUGUGAUAAUUUCCCUGCUUGAUGGAAGAACAAUUGAUGGGGUAGAUGCAGAUACUAUGAUCAAAUCCACUGUACUGGCGGUAAUUGCAGGAGGAGCCGACACAAGUAAUACUGUUCUUACAUGGGCAAUAUGUUUGAUUUUGAGAAACCCUUCGGUAUUGGAAAAUGCUAAAGCUGAAUUAGACAUUGAAGUUGGAAAAGAUAAAUGCAUAAGUGAGUCUGAUAUAAGUAAGUUGAUAUACCUUCAAGCCAUAGUGAAAGAAACUUUAAGAUUGUAUCCUCCUGGUCCUCUCUCGGGACCUCGUGAAUUCACAGAGAAUUGCAUUUUAAGUGGCUAUAAUAUAAAAAAAGGAACUCGUUUGAUCACAAAUCUUUGGAAGAUUCACACAGAUCCUAGUGUUUGGUGGGAUCCGUUGGAGUUCAAACCAGAAAGGUUUCUUACCACACACAAAGAUAUUGACAUCAAUGGUCGUCAUUUUGAGCUAUUACCAUUUGGAAGUGGUAGAAGAAUGUGUCCUGGAAUAUACUUUGGCCUUCAAAUGGUGCAUUUAACUCUUGCUACUUUUCUGCAUUCUUUUGAAAUUUCAAGUCCAUCAAAUGCUCCUAUUGACAUGUCCGAAACCUUUGGAUUAACCAACACCAAAACCACUCCCCUUGAGAUUCUUAUUAAACCACGUCUAUCUCUUACUUCUUAUGUAUGA